AAAAACACAAUGCUUAGAAGAAAACUCUCUAAGCCAAUCCCAACCCCAUUUCAGUCCAUCUCCCACUCUCUAACCACCCAAACUACCCCACCCCAAUCUCCAGAAUCUCAUCCAUAUCCCCAACCUAACCUUCAAAGGGACCCACUCACAUCCAGACUCCUCUCCCUUUUAAAACUAUGCAAUUCCCUCCAAACUUUCAAACAAAUACACACACAAAUCCUUACAAAUUCCAUACAGAAAUCCAACUUCUUACUCUCAAAGCUUGUAGACCUCAAAGAUCUAUCUUAUGCCAAUCUCCUCUUCUCCCAAAUCUCCCAACCCAAUGACUUCUCCUACAAUGUCAUGAUCAGGGGCCUUACAAACACUUGGCAGGAAUUCGAUCUUGCUCUCGAAUUCUACCGAAAAAUGAAGUUCUCUGGCGAAAGGCCUAAUAAUUACACCUACCCAUUUGUCCUUAUCGCCUGCGCCAACCUUCCGUUCUUGAAUUGUGGGAGGGUGGCCCACUCGUCGGUCUUUAAGGCCGGGCUGGACUUGGACAGGCACGUGCGCCACUCGUUGAUCACGAUGUAUGCUAGGUGCGGCGAGCCGGGUACUGCGAGGAAGGUGUUUGAUGAAAUUGAUGAAAGGGAUUUGGUUUCUUGGAAUUCAAUGAUAUCGGGGUAUGCGAAGAUGGGGUUUGCUGCGGAGGCGGUGGGGUUGUUUGGGAGGAUGAGGGAGGCGGGGUUUGUGCCGGAUGAGAUGACAGUGGUGAGCGUUCUUGUGGCGUGCGGGGAUUUGGGGGAUUUGGAACUGGGGAGGUGGGUGGAGGGGUUUGUGGAGGGGAAUGGGAUGGAGUUGAAUUCGUUUGUGGGGUCGUCGUUGAUUGAUAUAUAUGGGAAGUGUGGAGACUUGGAGUCUGCGAGGAGGGUUUUUGACAGAAUGCGGCAGAAAGAUGUGGUUGCUUGGAAUGCCAUGAUCACAGGGUAUGCGCAGAACGGUGUAUCAAAUGAAGCGAUUGAGCUCUUCAAUACAAUGAGAGAGUCGAACAUUGAGCCAGACAAGAUCACAAUGGUUGGGGUGCUCUCGGCAUGUGCCUCUGUCGGAGCCCUUGACUUGGGAAUGUGGGUGGAUGCAUAUGCUUCACGGAAAGGCCUAAAACACAACAUUUAUGUGGGUACAGGGCUAAUUGACAUGUACGCCAAGUGUGGCAGCCUUGAUCGUGCUCUGUGUAUCUUUGGAGACAUGCCUUGGAAGAAUGUGGUCUGUUGGAAUGCGAUGAUCUCUGGCCUCGCCUUUAAUGGUCGCGGGCAGGAGGCCAUAUCUCUAUUUACCCGUAUGGCUGAGGGGGACAAGACAGUCCGCCCAAAUGAUAUCACGUUUGUUGGAGUGCUUUCUGCAUGUGUGCAUGUUGGUUUGAUUGAGGAGGGACGUUGGUGGUUUGAUUCCAUGGAACCUGUUUUCGGAGUAGUUCCGAAGAUUGAACAUUACUCUUGUAUGGUUGAUCUUUUAGCACGUGCGGGACACUUAGAGGAAGCGUAUGAAUUCAUCGAGACAAUGCCUGAAAAGCCUGAUGCUAUUGUCUUGGGGGCACUGCUUGGUGCAUGCCGGAACCUUAAAAAUGUAGAAGUGGGUGAAAGAAUCAUGCACAGGUUAUUGGAAUUGGAGCCUUCAAACUCUGGCAACUAUGUGAUCUCGUCGAAGAUAUAUGCGAGUUCAGAGAGGUGGGAUGAUUCAGCGAGGAUGAGAGGAUUGAUGAGAGAGAGGGGUGUUGCUAAAACUCCUGGUUGUAGCUGGAUUGAGAUUGAUAGUCAAGUUCAUGAGUUCCACGCUGGGGAUGGUUUGCACGACAGAUCAAAAAAGAUACAUGAAGUGAUUGAAGUGCUAAAUGAAGAGAUGAAGAUGGAAGGAUACAUUCCAAGGGUUGAUCUUCUAUAGAGAAAUCCAUGGACAAAGAAGGCUAACCCUACCAUCUGAGAUAGGUGGAAGGGAUGUGCCUGUGCCAACUGUCAAAUGAGGUCCAAGCCACUGAUCAAAUAGGCCUCAUUAUGUAGAUGUGCCGUCCAAAAAGUAGGCUGGUGUGCUCAUCUGGUGGGCCACACAUGGAUGUUGAAUGUGGACUGUUGGUUGACUUUUCUAACCAUCCUUUUCUUUUGUGCUCAUGGUGGGGCCCGCCUAAUGAGCGGAGUAGCCUGACUUUUUAGUCGGUUGGCAUGGGGCCUGCACGAGUGGCUUGGUUCUCACACGUCCACGUUGGCACAUGUGAGCCAUGAGGUGGCAGGGCUCAGGAAACACAAUCCUGGGGAAAUUUUCAGGUAGCACAUGAGAAUGGGAAUCUGCUUACCUUGCCGAGGCCGGAAAUCAAAUGGGGCUGAGAGUGGGCCGAAAUUUAUGUUCUCCAAGCAAUCUGAAGUAUAUCCUGCAAUCCAUGAAUCAUGAAGAGCAAAUAUCAUGGAAACACCCGGGGCCCAUUGUCACGAAUGGUAGAGAUCAUCACAAUUUAGCCAAAUUUGAACUCAUGCCCGUCUUGGAUUUGUCGAUGCAAUGUGGUGUUUCACAAGGAUGCUCCUUUGAGAAGGUCAAGUUCCUUAAAAGAUGCAAAGAAGACAUUGCGGCUAUCAAGAAGAAUAAGACAUGGGACUUGGUACCAUUCCAGAAGGAUGUGUGGUUAUAACAGAUACUAACCACCCGCCCUAAUAUGUUGCUAGUAGAUGCAGCAUGGGCAAUGCACAUGGAUGCAGAUGAAGUGAUUUUAAAGACGCGGGAGACCAUGGAGGGUCUGUUUUAAAAGGGGAGUUACAAAGUACUCUGGCAAAAUGUGAUCUUUGAUGCUUGGAUACUUUGAAAUUUGUACACAGAAUACAUUUACUCAAUCAAACUGUCUAGGUAAUACAGAGAUUUAUGUUUUAGAUAUGAAAUAAAGGGAGCAGAUGUUGUGUGCA